AUGAUGAUGAUUAACAUGACAUUCACUAAAGGUAUUGGGACUCCAACUUCCAUGGCACCAGAAAUGUUGAAAAAAGAUAAAUACGUCAAAAGUUCAGACAUGUAUUCCUUUGCAGUUACUAUGUUUGAAGUGUUUGGGUGGAAAGAAGCAUAUCCAAUUAAUACAUUUAAAUUUCCGUGGAAAAUAGCCGAGUUUGUAAUUGCAGGAAAACGUCCAAAUGGGGAUAAUAUAUUAGAAUUGUUAUUUAAUAUUAUCAAAACAUGUUGGAACCAAAAACCAAAAGAAAGAAAAACUGUUGAAAAUGUUGUUGAUUCACUUCAAAAUUACUACGAAAAGUUAUAA